AUGGCCCAAACUACUGCACCAGCGACAUCCAUCCAUGAUGAGGAAUCCUCUGAAAGCAGAAUGGUGAUUACAUUCCUCAUGUCAGCACUUGAGUCAAUGUGUAAAGAACUUGCCAAGUCCAAGGCAGAAGUUGCCUGUAUUGCUGUAUAUGAAACAGAUGUGUUUGUAGUUGGAACUGAGAGAGGAAGAUCCUUUGUCAAUUCUAGGAAAGAUUUUCAGAAGGAUUUUAUUAAAUACUGUGUUACAGAAGAGGGCACGGCUGCAGAGCUCCAGAAAAUGAAGACUAUACAACCUGUAAACAGACUAACAGUGGAUAUUGUGGAGCUGGAAGCUCUCAGAAAGUCUGUGGAGGACUUUUUCUGCUUUUGCUAUGGUAAAGCUUUAGGAAAGUCAACAGUGGUACCUGUGCCUUAUGAGAAGAUUCAGAGAGACCAGUCUGCUGUGGUAGUGCAGGGCCUGCCCGAAGGACUUGCAUUUAAACAUCCAGCAAAUUACAGUGUUUCAACCCUCAGAUGGAUAUUGGAAAACAAGUCAGGGAUCUCUUUUAUUAUCAAAAGGCCUUUCUUAGAGCCAAAGAAACAUACAGGAGCUCAUAUGACAGAUCCUUCGCAUUCCGUUAUACUUCCAGGUGGAAGUUGUCUUCCUAUUAAAGUGAAAAUGGAACCAAACGAGGACUCUG